AAGCAGGGGCGGACUGACCAUUUGGAAACUCGGGCACUGCCCGAGGGCCCGGGGUCAGUAGGGGGCCCCAUGAGAUGCCCCUGGUACCUUUUUCAUAGGCUUUUUUGAGUUUGGGCAAGGACACAGGGGCCCCAUGAUCCCCUGUUGCCCGGGGGCCCCAUGAGUUGUCAGUCCGCCCUUGGUCACAAGUAAAGAAAGUGAUGGGUCUUGGGUCUUCUCUUCUGUAUACUUUGGAGUAGGAAG